AUGACAGUUACUUUUGAGUUUGAACAUCAGAUUCCAGUUCUCCCAAUACCGGACUUGAAGUCAACUUUUGAGCAACUAGAAGCAUGUUUAAAACCAUUGAAUGUGGCAGACGGCUACCAUAAGGACUUGCAACAUGCCGAAAAUGAAUACAAGCUCUAUAGGGCCAUUUCACGGUUUUUGAACUCAGAAGUGGCUCAAAAACUCCACUCCAAGCUGCUGGAACUGAACCUACGAGGCUCUCAUUUGCUGGGCAGCUCGCAACUGGACAUGUAUAGCCACGCUUUGACGCGCGAAAUAGAAGGGGAUGUUUUGCCACGAAAUCCAUUUCUGAUACUGUCCCCAGAUGCAGUCGAAGGCAUUGAACAACACGAACGCGCUGCGGUUCUAUGUCAUUCUGCUUUGAAGUUUAUCUCUGCUCUGCGACGCGGAGUUCUGCCACCCGAUAAAGAUCAAUCAGGGACCCCGCUUUCCAUGCUUCCCUACAUGGCUUUGUUUGGAACUACCCGAUGCCCGUUUUCGAGAACAAACGACCUUCAUCACUGGGAUGAGGCAUCGUCCUAUGAUUUGCAGGCAGCAGCAGACUUAAGUGACGAACAUGAAAUCAAAGAAAAAACUUACCCUUCUUCUUCGCACGUUUUGGUCAUUUCAAGAGGUCAGUAUUACAGUGUAGAAGUCUUGGACACUGAAAAUGCUCCGUUAUACGACGACGGUACUUUAUCUCAAGUUCUGCUCUCUAUUUCGGACGAUUCCUCUAAUCUGGAACAUUUAGCUCACAGUACAGCGCUUGGUAGCUUCACCGCAUGUUCGCUGAAGCAGUGGAAACAUGCCCGCUGUCUUUUGAAAGAACAAUGUCCCAACCAAAUCGCGAUCAUAGACUCUGCCCUAUUCGUGUUAGUUUUAGACGAGUCUUCGUUCGCGUCGGACGCUUCUCGUGAGUGCAAACGACUAUUUUAUGGCAGCAGUACCGUAAAUGAAAAAGGAGGUUGGCAGGGUUCUUGCAGCUCGAGAUGGUACGAUAAAUUGCAAUUGGUGGUCACAAAAGAUGCCAAAGCCAGUCUAAUAUGGGAUUCCCUCACUUGCGAUGGCUCGGCUGUGGUGCGAUUCGCCUCUGAUAUUUACGCAGAUUCUGUCCUUCGUCUUGCUCGUGAAAUUGAUGACAGUUCCUCAUUUUCACUCUGGGAUUCUCCGUCUGUCAGCAAAACGUCCCCUCCAAGAAGCGUGAAGAAGCUCACUUGGGAUUUCUCUGACGCUUUGAAAGAAGUCGUAUCAAUGUGCGAAAGCAACCUCGCUGACUUGGUAUGCAGGCAUGACAUAGUGCAGAAAGACAUCCCAUACGGAAGAAAUAUUGCACGUCGUCUAGGAGUUAAUUCUGAUUCCAUGAUACAGGUUGCUAUACAGCUUGCGCAUUUCACGCUUUACGGGAAAAUGGCCUCUACUUUUGAACCAGUCUCCACCAGGGCUUUCCGCAAUUCAAGGUCAGCUUUUGCUCCUGUUCAAAAUCAGCAGUUACUUGAUCUGUGCCAGCUUUUUAACUCUAGCCUUUUGGAAGGGCAUUUAAAAGCUGAGAUGUUCGUGUCCAUAUGCGGCAUACAUCGCAGAAACGUCGAAUUAUCCAAGCGUGGUUUAGGCUUUGAGAAGCAUUUCAACAUGUUGCGGUACCUUUACCAGCACUACCAAAAGUUUCAAAUCAAGCUGGGCCCAGCAGACCUUGAAGUUGCAUCUGGCAUUUUUGAUAAUGACUUAAUAAGCCCAUUGUCCAAUCCUGAGAUAAUUGCGGCCCAUUGUGGCAAUUCCGCAGUGAUGGGAUUUGGUAUAAAUCCCGCUGUCCCACAAGGUUUUGGUAUAGGUUACAGUUUGAGCCCCGACAGAUGCGAUUUGACUGUCACUUCGCAGUUCAGACAAGGAAACCGAUUUCUCUCAGCGCUAAAAUAUAUUCUGGAUCAGAUUCUUUUCUGCAAGUUCCAGUGCGAACGGGAACCAGCUUUAGCGCCCUUUGGACAAGACCAAAGCUUUAGCGUAAGGAGUGUGGAUUCGUCAUCAGCACCGAACCAACUCAGGCGAGACACCUAUGAAACGCAUAGCAAGUUUCAGCCCUGGAACGCGUCUGAGCAAAACAGCGCCAUUAGUAGCAAGAUUUCUACACAACCGACGUCUGCGGAUAGCUCAAUAACCAAAGAUAAAAGGAGGUAUAACCGCUCAGGUUCUGUGACCAUUGAGCUGACAUCACAUUUCCUAACGAAUGAGGAGAAGAUGAAAAUAGGCCGACAAAUCCCACUGGAUGAAUUGGCCCCUCUUUGGGAACUUGGCGGAUGA